GCAGUAUGCAGACGGGGCGCAAAAUCCUUGGCUGUGAUUGGCUGGUUCAUCACGAUAUUUCGAAGCGACGUUCAGCAGUGCUCGUCAUAAAGCGAAUUGGCCUAAGGAGGUCAAGUGCGGCAAGUUCAGCGGUCCACAGCAUCUCAUCAAUUGUCCCCAAGUUGGCAAGACGUAUCCAAGAUGAUCAUGGACGCCGUGUGGUGGGCGACGACCAAGGUGGACGAGUCGGUAGUAAACCCCGUGGCCUCGCGACUGGCCGGGUCUGUGGCCAAUCCGGCCGUGCUGAGUUUCCUGUUGUGGGACCGCCUCAAGACGCUCACACCGCAGCGUGCGCGCGACUUGACGCGGCUUUUGGCUACAGCGCUGUCCAACGCAUUGGGCGUGUUCGGGGCCGAGCGAGGCCAGCAGUUGGGGGCCAGCACGAAGCAGUUACAAGACGAUUUUGUACGCGCUGCCAGUUCCCGUAGCGGUCGCGACGUGGUACUCAACAGCGUGGCCACAGUGGCGAAGGUGGCGCAGGCGCUCAAUACACCGGAGACCAAGGCGGCCACACAGCAGCUGUUCCAGACGCUGCAGUCUGUGGUGGACUUCUUCGCCAGUGAUGAUGGUCGCCAAAUCAUCUCCAGCACGAGUGAAUGCCUUACUAGUGCCAGUGAAAUGGCAGCGUCCCCAGAAGCUUCCAUCUUCCUGGCGGAGCUGGCCACUAAUAUGCUACACACGCUCGAGAGCGAGGAGAAACGACGUCAGAACACGCAGCAUGAGGAACCAACCGUGAGGGAGGAGACACAAGAGCAGGAGCUCAUAGAUCGAGAGCUGGGACGCGAGAUGCAGACCAACCGGGAGAUGGACGAGAAGCAUCCAUACUCUCCUACGUCUUCAAUGGCCGACACACGGUGGAGUUUCGAUACAGAGUCAAUGCCGUCGUCCUCGGCGCCAGGUACGCCUAUGACCGGCAUGUACACGCCUCGAGCGUCAGUCGACGGGCCGAUGCUCUCGUCAUCUCCAAUUCGACCGGGACAGCGACGUCGCGUAUCGAUCUCUUCACCUGCAGAGAAGCACAGCGGCUACCGCUCGGCACGCAUCGAGAAGGAGGUGUUGCUUAAGAUGGGGGUCGACCCGUCGAUGCUCAGCGAGAUCCAGCGCGUUCUUGAUGUGAUCGCUGCGGACGAAGAAGAGAAAGAGUGUGCGGAAAUGCAGCGUCGACGUGAAGAAGCUGAAUACGUCGCCAGUUUAGUGGUCCCGGAGGACCAAGCUGCAGGCAUCGCUGACGUGGGCAUUGCACACGCAUUCGGCAAUGAUGAUGAGGAGAAAACCGACGAGGUUAUCAUCGAUGAAGACGCAUCGUCCCCAACUCCUGUAAUGCUACCUGAAUGGCACGAAGAGCCUUUACGAGAGGCACUUCGCCGUCGUCACGCCUAUGCUGCAGCUGUGACGGAGCAACGUGACGCUGCUGAGCGUCAAGCUCGCGAGAUGGCAGCAGUGCUGGCCCAACGCCACAUUAAGCACGGCGAGCUGCAACCUGCGGAUGUUGCAGCUUGCCAGAUUAUCGCCAGGAUGCUCGUCUAUGGAGUGGCAUUGUUCCUGCUGCUGUCUGGCUACCUGCUCACUCGCAACCUCUUCAAUUGAGAAGCAUGUUGGUACAUGUAGGUUCCUUUAUUAUUAUCGACUCUAAUCAGGUAAGAGUUCUAAUUUCCAGAUCUCUAUUUUAAUUUCCAGAUCUCUAUUCUUUAGAAUUGGGACUUGCUGUUGAUUGACUCAAUGUCGCGAUGGUAUCCAAGACAUCGCGGACAGGUUCAAAACGUUGGUCGAGUUCACGCUGGAUGACAGCGGCCGAAUGACCCAUACGCGUCCAGAUCCUCACCUGACGGAAAUAGUCGUCGUAGAUCUCGGCAGCGCACACAGGAUGGAAUUUCUCGCCUGCAUCCUCUGCUAGUUCGUCCAGAUGCUCAAGGCCAAAAGGUUGGUUGAUCAGCACGCAACAUCGUCGUGGAUCUGACAAACCAUCGCCAGAAGUUAAGGUGGCAUGCACAGCGUUGAUGGUAGCCGCAGUCGUCGGGUAAUACAGCAGACGAGGAAGCUUUUCUGGCUUCUUACCUCGUCGUGCAGCGGGCGAUUCAUCGCUCUUAUCUUUGCCAUUCUCUUUAUCCUUCACUGCUGACUUCUCUGGUGUAGUGCUCUUGUUGUGCGCGGAAUCCCCGUUCUUUUCAGCUAUCUUAGAGUUUUCGUUGUUCUCUUCAGCUAUCUGAGAGUUAUCGUUGUUCUUGUUUUUAGAAUCAAGAACAGGAGCACGUGGUCUCCCCUUAGCCCACGAUGCUGCUGCCAGUGCAAGUUCUUGUUCCUCC